AGAGAAUAUAACAAGCAGAUCUUGAUACACAUAAGAUUCAUAUGUCUUCAACAUAUUCAUCCGUGACACUCAUUCCGACACAAUGUUAUCCUCCAAGAAAAUUUGAUAUCACGUGAUAUGUAGUUGAAAAACACGCUAGCCUGUAUUUAAUUAGCGUCAGUGGCGGCUCUGUUCUUGUCUAGAUCGCGACUAGGACGAAGGAUUAUUAGUCGCCAGUCUCAGUUCAUCCACCCUGCUGAGCUGCGCUCCGCAUCAACACUACCCGAAGCCUUACCCUGCGAAUAUUCCUUCUUUAAGCGGAUGGAAUAGGGCCUUCCUGGUGCUGUGAAAACCCCAAACUAUCUGCUCAAGCCGUCACGUUCUGGGCCUCUCUCUGGGCAUCUCCGCCCGCAAAUCCGCCGUCGAAAUCUUGCCCAGCAUGGAGGAUUACGAAGAAGAAUAUGGAGAAGAUGCCUACUAUGACCAAGAUGAAGGGAUUACAUCAGAAGACUGCUGGACGGUGAUUUCGUCCUUCUUCGAAUCGAAGGGUCUCGUGUCGCAGCAGCUCGAUUCUUUCGAUGAGUUUAUCUCGACGACUAUGCAGGAGCUGGUGGAGGAGCAAGGACAGGUAACACUCGAUCAAACUCUGGCUCCUUCUGAAGAUGAGAUAGACCCGGUAGUUUUGCGACGCUAUGAGUUAAAAUUUGGCACCGUGAUGCUUGCGCGACCGUCGAUGACUGAAGGCGAUGGCGCUACCAGUAUUAUGUUGCCACAGGAAGCACGACUUCGAAACCUCACAUAUGCCAGUCCUCUCUACCUUGGGAUUACGAAGAGAGUCACGGAAGGACGAGAGCGACUCAUUGCCGAACGUGAUGAUGCUGAGCAAGGGGAAGAGGAUCACGAUGAGGAGAGGCGGAGUAGGGGAACAUAUUUGCACUGGGAGCCGAAGCCUUUGAAUGAGGAUGAGCCAGAAGAAGAGAAUGUUUUUAUCGGAAGAAUGCCGAUUAUGCUGAAGUCGAAAUACUGCAUCCUCAAGGAUCUAAAUGAACAGUCGCUCUACAACUGGAACGAAUGCCCUUACGAUUCCGGCGGAUACUUCAUUAUCAACGGCAGUGAAAAGGUUCUUAUCGCUCAGGAGCGCAGUGCAGGCAAUAUUGUUCAAGUUUUUAAGAAAGCUCCUCCAAGUCCAACACCAUACGUCGCGGAAAUCCGAAGCGCGAUUGAGAAAGGAUCCAGAAUACUGUCCCAGCUGUCAAUAAAGCUUUUCGGUAAAGGUGACGCCUCCAAGGGUGGCUUUGGCCCAACGAUCCGAUCUACGCUACCUUACAUCAAAACCGACAUCCCCAUAGUUGUUGUUUUCCGGGCUCUAGGUGUGGUGUCUGACGAAGAUAUCCUCAACCAUAUUUGUUAUGACCGGAAUGAUACGCCAAUGUUGGAAAUGCUUAAGCCAUGUAUCGAGGAAGGGUUCGUUAUCCAGGAUCGUGAGGUAGCUCUUGACUUCAUCAGUAAGCGAGGCUCUUCCCCCACAAGCAUGAAUCAUGAGAAGCGGGUUAGGUACGCGAGGGAUAUCAUCCAGAAGGAAUUCCUUCCGCAUAUCUCUCAGAGUGAAGGUAGCGAGACGCGGAAAGCAUUUUUCUUGGGAUAUAUGGUGCACAGGCUUCUCCAGUGUGCCCUAGGUCGUCGCGAUGUUGAUGACCGCGAUCAUUUUGGAAAGAAAAGACUGGAUUUAGCUGGCCCGCUACUUGCCAACCUUUUCAGAAUUCUGUUCAUGAGAGUUACCAAAGAUCUUUACAAAUACGUCCAGAGAUGCGUGGAAACUAAUCGGCAACUAUACCUGAACAUUGGCGUGAAGGCAAGCACCUUAUCUGGGGGUCUUAAGUAUGCUCUUGCUACAGGUAACUGGGGCGAGCAGAAAAAGGCGGCUAGUUCCAAGGCUGGUGUUUCGCAAGUGCUAAAUCGCUACACAUAUGCCUCGACCCUUUCCCAUCUUCGCCGUACCAACACACCCAUUGGACGUGAUGGCAAGAUUGCGAAGCCUCGACAACUUCACAAUACUCACUGGGGACUUGUCUGUCCGGCUGAAACGCCGGAAGGACAAGCUUGUGGUCUUGUUAAGAAUCUGGCUUUGAUGUGUUAUAUUACUGUUGGUACACCAAGCGAACCGAUUAUUGAUUUCAUGAUACAACGCAACAUGGAAGUUCUAGAGGAGUUUGAGCCUCAGGUGUCGCCGAAUGCGACCAAAGUCUUCGUCAACGGUGUAUGGGUGGGAGUUCAUAGAGAUCCUUCUCAUCUUGUAAACACAGUCCAAUCGUUGAGACGACGUAACAUGAUUUCCCAUGAAGUCAGUUUGGUGCGAGACAUUCGAGACCGGGAAUUUAAGAUCUUCACCGAUGCUGGACGAGUCUGCCGGCCUCUCUUUGUGGUUGAGAAUGACCCGAAGAGUGAAAAUUGUGGCUCUCUUGUGCUAUCCAAAGAGCACAUCCACAAACUCGAAGCGGACAAAGAGCUUCCACCAGAUUUGGAUCCCGAAGAGCGCAGAGAACGGUACUUUGGCUGGGACGGCCUUGUUAAAUCCGGUGUUGUUGAAUAUGUGGAUGCGGAGGAGGAAGAAACCAUUAUGAUUGUCAUGACACCCGAGGAUUUGGAAACUUCAAAACAAUUACAAGCUGGAUUUAGUCUUCCGGAGGAAGAUAAUAAUGACCCCAAUCGACGAGUCCGAUCGACUCUUAGCCAAAAAACGCAUACCUGGACCCAUUGUGAGAUCCACCCCAGUAUGAUUCUAGGUAUCUGUGCCAGUAUCAUUCCGUUCCCCGACCACAACCAAUCCCCACGUAACACAUAUCAAGCUGCUAUGGGAAAACAAGCUAUGGGUGUUUUCCUCACAAACUUCGACCAGCGGAUGGAAACGAUGGCAAACAUUUUAUACUAUCCACAAAAACCACUUGCUACAACGCGGUCUAUGGAGUUCCUGAAAUUCCGCGAGCUUCCUGCUGGGCAGAAUUCAAUUGUAGCAAUUGCUUGCUACUCUGGGUACAACCAGGAGGAUUCUGUGAUCAUGAACCAGAGUAGUAUCGAUCGUGGUCUUUUCCGGAGUCUGUUCUACCGAACCUACACAGACUCCGAAAAGAUGGUCGGUAUGACUGUCGUGGAAAGAUUUGAAAAACCCAUGAGAUCAGACACCCUUCGCAUGAAGCAUGGUACUUAUGAUAAGGUCGAUGAUGACGGUAUUGUUGCUCCUGGUGUUCGUGUUUCGGGUGAGGAUAUUAUCAUCGGGAAAACUGCUCCCUUGGCACCUGAGGCAGAAGAGCUAGGCCAGAGGACGAAACAACAUACAAAACUCGAUGUUUCUACUCCUCUGCGUAGUACCGAGAGCGGUAUCGUCGACCAAGUUUUGGUCUCUACGAGCAAUGAUGAUCUGAAAUUCGUCAAAGUUCGGAUGAGAACUACAAAGAUUCCUCAAAUUGGAGACAAGUUCGCUUCUCGCCACGGCCAAAAGGGUACCAUUGGUAUUACAUAUCGACAAGAAGACAUGCCCUUCACUCGUGAAGGCAUUGUUCCGGAUCUGAUUAUCAAUCCCCACGCCAUUCCUUCUCGAAUGACCAUUGCCCAUUUGAUCGAGUGUCAGCUUAGUAAAGUUUCGUCACUCCGUGGAUUUGAAGGUGAUGCAACGCCAUUUACAGACGUGACAGUAGAUUCCAUCUCCAGCUUGCUCCGUGAACACGGCUAUCAGUCCCGCGGCUUUGAGGUGAUGUACAAUGGAUAUACGGGCCGAAAGUUGGUCGCCCAAGUCUUCCUGGGUCCAACUUACUACCAACGCCUACGACAUAUGGUCGACGAUAAGAUCCAUGCCCGCGCACGUGGCCCAACCCAGAUUCUUACACGCCAGCCUGUGGAAGGUCGUGCGAGAGACGGUGGCCUUCGAUUCGGAGAGAUGGAACGCGAUUGUAUGAUUGCUCAUGGCGCCAGCGCAUUCCUAAAGGAAAGAUUAUUUGACGUGUCUGAUCCAUUCCGUGUCCACAUCUGCGAUAUCUGCGGGCUGAUGACACCAAUUGCGAAACUCAAAAAGAGCGAUUUCGAAUGUCGGGCUUGCAAGAACAAGAACAAGAUUUCGCAGGUCCACAUCCCGUAUGCUGCCAAGCUUCUUUUCCAAGAGCUAAUGUCGAUGAAUAUCGCCGCACGAUUGUUUACGAAGCGGUCCGGGGUGUCUUUGCGAUAAUGUUAACCCGUGCCAUUAUGCAUGUCUUGAUCACCUGACCCCAAUUCUUGAGGGUUGGCCAUCCAAUAUUCGAACAUGCUACACCUCCCAACAUUUGGGAACCCGCAUUGUACACAGGAGAAACUUCUUCUACACUCAACAGGGGUUCUCCUAAGAAAAGUUGUACUUUUAAUUAGCAAGGUUCAUUUUUAUCCUUUUUAUUUUGUCGUUACCAUCUCAAAUCCUCUGUUUCCAGCCGAUUUCGCGAUUUAUGCAAAUCUUUCCCCUUUUUCUCGACUUUCUCAUACAAACAUGAGAUAAAAAUACACGCAGUCCCGUCAACGCAAGAGGCAAAUUCCCCUAUACAUUUCUUCCUUUGGCGUUGUUCAUGGCGUUUCUCGAAAUUGUUGCCGUUUCCGUUUUUGGACUUCGAGAAGGCGAAGGUUGGGGAAAAUUUGGAAUGUUUCGACGGAAGGAAAUACCUAAUUGAAUAGCAGGCAGGUCACACAGUUUUAACAUAGGCGGGUUUAUUUCUUGGUCCUCCCAUCCCUGCUUUGCCUCUUGAGCUAAUAAUGGCUGGUGAUGAAUCCAAAAUAUCACCUCAACCUUGAUUCUGCCUCGUCUUUUCAUUCUCACUCAUGUAGUACAGAAGUGGCUAUCAUAACAGGAUUGAUUAAUACAUACAUAAAGCUACUUAAGGGCCUGUUCGGUGACCCCGUCCAGGGCCAUAUAAGGCUAUACAGUUCCAGGUUGUACGGCCCUGGACGGCUCUGGCUGGGGUUAUAUACACACUAACCUGGUUGAAUAAGGUUUUCUGUUUAGUAGAUUCUGUGUGUAACUUCAUACAACUCACCAAGCAUGUCAAGCUGACAGUCAGAUUCAUAUUAUAGAGUUCAACAGUGUAUUUAGUUGAAAAUGUGAUAGAUUUGAACCUAUUCAAGUUAAAUCUGCACUGUAUACACUGGAAUGAGUUGCAAUAUCUGCUGACACAUUUCAGAGUGACUGUACAGCGUUCAGAGAUCUGCAAAUAUUAUCAAAAAUCAAUAAUUAUACUGUGUAACUGUGAUAAUGCAACUUAAAAGACAAUACAAUAGUAUUUAUAUCAUAGUCAGUAGCUUAUAAGACUUGUUACUACAGAAGUGAUUAAUCAGAACAUUUUAACUGUUUAAUCUGAUAUAUGAUGUAUGUAUUAUGAUUUAUUUCAUAGUUUUCAAU